AUGGCUGGAAUUAUCGGCGCGGUAGCUGGGUCUGCUCAGAGCUCAACGAUUAAAUGUGCCCAUGGACUGCAAAUGUUUGUUUCUCGUGGAACCGGGGAGGCUACGGAGCUCGGUGAAACAAAAGCUUUGGUUGAUAAUAUCGCUAAGCAGAUCGAUGGAUCCAAAAUUCAUCCGAUACUGUAUCCUGCGACUUUUGACGAUCCCGUCUACAUGUUGUCUGUAGCCAACGGCACCAAGCUUGUCAGGAAGACCAUAACCAAGUACGCAAAGGCCUGCCCAGAGUCAAAGAUGGCAUGGUUCGGGUAUUCUCAGGUAGAGACGUCUUAUCAUUCCCUGCGGAGUUGGAUGCUGAUAUGCCACAAGGGUGCUCAAAUAACCUCCAACAACUUUUGUGGAAUGCCUUACGUUUGGGGCGCGGAACAAACAGAGAACUCAACCAUUACCCCAGCCCAAGUACAAGAGAUCUUUGCUCUGUCACAACCGUUGGCCAAGGAACUCACUAAGAAUGGUCAGCUUGCAAAACAUCUGUUCAUUGUCGACGAGGCUAAUAGCUGCUAG